UUCGGGUUCGAAUCAACAUCCGUAAAAGGGUCCCAGAUCCGACGGGAAGUCCUCUCAAAAUAUACGGUUAGACGAACACGAUACUUGUUUGUUGACAUGUCAAAUCCAACCCCGUUUUUCACACUUGACCUUGCGAAGCGGACCUCUGAUGAGCCGCGAGGUCAACCGGCUUGCCACCACACUGGCCGCCGGAGCUCGAGGCCAAGAAAUCUUUACCUCUGGACCGCGUUAGGUUAUAAAGAAUGUCAAGGGCUUCUUGAGCUCGACAAGUGGGGAGGGCAAGAUCUCGACAAGCAAGGUCUUGUUGAUCUCCAGAAGCGGCCCUCCUCCGGCCAAGGUUUUGACUUGGCCGAAGUCCGGCCUGUGAGCCGCGAGGACGCCAUCUGA